UGACUCAAAAUGUUGCAGGAACUCGAACCGAGAAAUGGUGCGUAUCGAAACUUUCGUUUUUGUUGACUUGGAAACCACCGAUGUCCCUAGAAAUGACGGUAAUACGACGAGAAUAACCGAAAUAAGUUUAGUGGCAGUGAAACGGAAUCAUAUUGUUAAUACUCCGUUCGGCGAGACGCCUCGAGUUCAGCAAAAACUCACCCUGUGCUUGUACCCGCGUAAAUUUAUAAGCACAGGCGCCACUGAAGUCACGAAACUUUCCAAUGAGCUUCUCGAGCAUGAGCCACCAUUCAACUUAGAAGUAUUCAAAAUUAUAGAUACAUUCCUAAGCAUUUUCACGGAACCAGCUUGCUUAAUCGCCUACAACGGACAUUCCUUUGAUUUCCCAAUACUUAAGAAUCAGCUAGAGAAAUUGAAAGUAAUGUUUAGUCGCGAUGUGUUUUGUGCUGAUUGUCUAUAUGGUUUCUAUGAUAUUGAUUCUAUUAAAUCAAAUUUGAACAUGCAGGAGACUGACUGUACAGAUGAAAUUGACUUUUACAAACCCUCAACGUCUAUGCAAAACAUCAAUGAAUCCACACCAAAACGCCAAAAAAUUGUAUUGAAUCAAAUACAACUGAAAAAGAAAGCUGUACGUAAAUUAUUUUAUGAAAAUGGUGAAAAGCCAAAGAAUACAUACAGACUGCAGGAUGUAUACAGAAGAAAAUUAGGACGAUUACCACGUGGUGAAGCUCACAGGGCAGAGAAUGAUUGUAUAAUGGCACUCGAAAUAGCUACUGUUUAUGGUAAACUGUUUGUGGACUGGAUUGAUAAGAACUCCACAUUGUUUAGUGAAGUGAAACCUAUGACUAUUGGUGUUAAACUCGGUUACUAGUCACAUAAAAGUAGUGAGGGGACCCACUCUCUACAAAUUGAAGAUUAGUGAGUGAAGUUAAAAAAAAGGUGCUUUAGAUUAUUUUAUGGAUAAAUGUAAUAUAAGAGGGAAGCUCUUGUACUGAGUUUUGCUCAAUAGACUGAGUGAGGAACUAGUACAUACUCUAAAAUCAGAAGCAGAAAAAUAAUUAUUUCAUUUGAUCACAACAAGUAACUUUAAAGUUGUAACUUUAUUAUUUAAUCUAUUAACAUAUCAAAAUUUAAUGAACUCCCAAUUUUUGAGAAUUAAUUCAGUUAUUUUAGUCUAUUACAUUCUUUGACUGUUUCGUGACCAAAGAUAUGGCUGGCUACAGAUGACGAUACUGAGCCUGUUUAAGUCAAAAACUUGUUUUUCAUUUUAUAAUAUUUUUAAGACAAAUUUUAUACUAUUUUAAAGCAACAUCCAAAUAUAUGUAUGUUUUAAUGGUUUUAAUACGAGAUGUAUUACAUCAAUUUACAUACAUUAAUAUACCUUAAUUAUUACAUUAGUUUACAAAUCAUGUUAACUGAUAUUUUAUUAUUAUACAUUAAUGUAAAAUGCUUUAUUUAUCUGCUCUACAAUUUAUUUUGAAAUAAAAAAUAUCCUAAAA